AUGCAAACCAUCGUGCCUAGCUCUGAAGGCGCGGCUAUCCACUCGGUCGUUCAAUCAGCGCUGACUCCGAUAGCUCUUGCUUCCCAAUCUGGCUCGCUUACAGCAUCAGCAGACGCUGUCAAGCGCGAAGCUGACGCGCUUUCAUCACCGCCGCCUACCGACGCAUCUGCACUCAAGAUGGACUCCAGCGCAGACUCGUCCUCAGGACCCAUCAAGCCAGACGUCUCCGAGGAGCAGCCCAAACUGAGCCGCCCACGACGGGACUCUUCCCCCUUGUCAGACGUAUCCCAAAAGGCAGAGUCUCGCUCCGCAAAGAAGGAGCUUUCCGACGAUCGCGACGACACGGACGUCGACGACGACGCAGACCACUCCAAGCCCUACCACCACCAGCUCGACCGCGUCAAGGCCGGCUCUCCAGCUUCGUCCAGGAACAGCAGCCCCUCCCGUUCGUCCGUCAAGCCAGACCGCAAGCAUCUCCUCGAAGCUGAGAACGAUCCGGACCUCUACGGGCUAAGACGUUCCGGUCGCGCCAGCAGAAAGUCCUACACCGAUCUCAACGACCAAGACGCCGACUCGGACGAUGCAGACGCCUCCGUCUCGUCUCGGCGUCGACACCUCGUCAAAGGCGGCCGUGCUUCCGUUCGCAGCUCUGUCCAGGCCAGCGACGACGACGGCGCCGAUGAUGGUGCCGAUGACAGCGACGACGACAGCGACGAUGCUCAAGACGACGAGUUUGGCCCUGCCAAGUCCAAGAAGAAGCGCAAGCACAAGCGACUGCCAGCAGCCCCCCGUCUCUCUUCCGCUGACCUCGAAGCUUCUCGUAUCUCGAGCAGGAACGGCAGACGCAUUCCCAACUACACCGACGACUAUGCCGACCUCGGUGACGAUGAUCCCUUCGAAGAUGAAGCCGACAUGCAGGCGCAAAGGCAUGCACUCGAUGCCGGCGACGUCGAAGAAGAGGACGUCAUCGAAAGCAUCGUCGGUCACGAGCGACACGAGGACCGUCUGGACGACAAGGAAGACGUCCCCACCCAAAACAUGCGCUUCAUCGUCAAGUGGAAAGGCUACUCACACCUCCACGAUACCCACGAAACCUACGACUUUCUCCGACGCUAUCGCGGCUUCAAGCGCGUCGACAACUACAUCAAGGCCGUCUUCAUGCGCGAAAAGGCGCUCCUCUCCGAUCCCCACGCUUCCCGCGAAGACAUUGAAGCGCUUCAGAUCGAAAAGGAGAGGCAAGCCGAGCUCAUCGAGAGCUUCAAGACCGUCGAGCGUAUCAUCGCCCAGCGCGACAACGACGCCAACAAGGACGUUCCGUAUCCGCAUCUCGCCUACCUCGUCAAGUGGAAGGGCCUGCCCUACGGCGAUUGCACGUGGGAAGCUGAGGAGGAGAUCAAGGAGAUCGCACAGGAUGCCAUCAACGCCUACGUCGAACGUUCCGCCUCGGUGACGGUCCCAUGGCGCUCGCAGAACUUUUCGCAGGGCCGUCCCAAGUACACACGCAUGACCGAGCAGCCCGCCUACAUCAGCGCAGGCACGCUCAAAGACUUUCAGAUGACCGGUCUCAACUGGCUCGCCUACCUCUGGAGCAAGAACGAGAAUGGCAUCCUCGCCGACGAGAUGGGUCUCGGCAAGACGGUGCAGACCGUCUCGUUCCUCUCGUACCUAUUCCACUCGUGCUAUCAGUACGGUCCCUUCCUCGUCGUCGUGCCACUUUCCACACUGCCCGCCUGGAUGAACCAGUUCGAGCACUGGGCUCCCGACCUCAACGUCAUUGCUUACAUGGGCAACAGCGCCAGCCGAGACAUGAUCCGCGAGUACGAGUUCGGACCGCCCAAAAAGAUGAAGUUCAACGUCCUUGUCACGACCUACGAAUUCAUCCUCAAGGAUCGCGCCGAGCUUAGUCAUAUCAAGUGGCAGUUCUUGGCUGUCGACGAGGCGCAUCGACUCAAGAACUCCGACGCGCAGCUCUACGAGGCGCUCAACAGCUUCCACGCCGCAGGCAAGUUGCUCAUCACAGGCACACCUUUGCAAAACAACGUCAAGGAGCUCAUCGCGCUCCUCCACUUCCUUCGACCCGACCAGUUCGAUCUCGACGUCGACUUUGACAUCAACGAUGUCGAUCAGACUGUCAUCAAGGAGCUUCACGAGAAGCUCGACAACGUCAUGCUUAGGCGUCUCAAGAAGGACGUCGUCAAGGAGCUCCCCACCAAGUCGGAGAAGAUCCUCCGCGUCGAGAUGUCGGCCAUGCAACAGCGCAUGUACAAGGCCAUCCUCACCCGCAACUACUCGCUCCUCAGCGGCGCAACCACCGCCCAGUUCUCGCUGCUCAAUGUCGCCAUCGAGCUCAAAAAGGCCUCCAAUCAUCCGUACCUCUUCGACGGCACCGAGACCAUCUCGGACAACCGCGAGGACACGCUCAAAGGCCUCGUGAUGCACAGCGGCAAGAUGGUGCUGCUCGAUAAGCUCCUCGCCCGACUCAAAGCCGACGGUCACCGCGUGCUUAUCUUCAGUCAGAUGGUGCGCAUGCUCGACAUCCUCUCCGACUACAUGUCGCUCCGCGGAUACAUCCACCAGAGGCUCGACGGCACCGUAUCGUCCGAGGUGCGAAAGAAGGCCAUCGAGCACUUCAACGCAGAGGGCUCGCCCGACUUUGCCUUCCUCCUCUCCACGCGUGCCGGUGGUCUCGGCAUCAACUUGGAGACCGCCGACACGGUCAUCAUCUUCGACAGCGACUGGAAUCCGCAGAACGAUCUGCAGGCCAUGGCUCGAGCCCAUCGCCUCAACUCCAAGUUCCACGUCAGCGUGUUCCGCCUGCUCACCAAGGACACGGUGGAAGAAGACGUGCUGGAACGUGCCAAGCGCAAGAUGGUGCUCGAGUACGCCAUCAUCCACCAGAUGGACACCUCCGGUACCAAUUUUGCGCCCAAAGCGGCCGCCAAAAACCAGCAGCAGUUCAGCAAGGAGGAGCUUGGUGCCAUCCUCAAAUUCGGUGCGCAAAACAUGUUCAAGAGCGAGAACGAGGAUGGCCAGCAAAAGAAGCUCGACGAGAUGGACCUGGACGACAUCCUGUCGCAUGCCGAGGCGCAUGAGACCGAGGUGGACCCUACCGGCAGCUCGGCCGGUGGUCAGGAGUUCCUCAAGUCAUUUGCUCAGGUCCAAGACUUCAAGGCUGACCUCAGCUGGGACGACAUUAUCCCGCUAGAGGAGCGUCAGAAAGCCGAGGAGGAAGAGCGCAAGAAGGCUGUCGAGGAAGCCGCUGCAGCUGCUAGCUCUUCGCGUCGACGUGCUGCAGCCCAAGUCGCGCCUGGCGCUUACGACAACGGCGAGGGAGACGAUCGGGCCACGUCUCCUGGGGCUUCCGCCAAGGACGCCGCCCGACGCUCGCGCAAGACGGCUGCUCAGCGCUCCGUCGAGAUGAAGGAGCGCGACCUGCGUGUGCUGAUCCGCGGCAUCCAACGAUGGGGUGACAUUCGGUACAGAACGGACCCGAUCAUCAAGGAGGGCAAGCUGCAGGACAAGAAUCGAUCCGUGCUCUACCAGAUCUCAGACGAGCUAGUCAAGACGUGCGAGGAUGCGGUCGCCGAGCACCAAGCGUUCAUGAAGGGCAAGCAGGAGCGCGGCGAAGAGAUCUCGUCUGCGCUGCGUCAAAAGGCGGUGCUGGUGUCGUGCCGCGGCAUCACGGGCAUCAAUGCCGAGACGGUGCUGAUCCGACACUACGAGCUGCGUCUGCUCUCCGAGACGCUGGAUAACGUGGAAGAGCCGCUCGACUGGCGCGUGCCGUCGGAGCACCUGAAAGCUACGCUCAACUGGGCCGGCGGUUGGGAUGCCAAGGACGAUGCGAUGCUGCUGGUGGGUAUCUGGAAGUACGGCUUCGGUGCCUGGGAGCAGAUCGAAGCCGAUCCCGACUUUGCCAUGGCGGGCAAAUUUUUCCUGGAAGAAGGCAAGAAGGCGAAUCAGGAACCACACGCAGCCGAGAAGGACGCUCCUCGAAGCGGCACCUCGGGACCUCCUCAGGGCAAGCCACGCCCGAUCCCGAACGCCAUCCACCUGGUCCGCCGCGGCGAUUAUCUGCUCAAGGUGCUGCGCGAGUACGACGACAACGCCAAGGCGUAUCAGAAGAGCCUGUCCGAGGGAGGCGCACCCAAGAGCAGCGGCAAAAAGGCACGAAAGAGCCCCUCGCCAUCGACGAACUCGCCUGCACCGGCUGGCAAGUCUGGCAAAGGUGGCAGCGGCGGGGCUGCAGAUAAGCGACGCCCUGCACCGGCGUACUCAUCCGACUCUUCGGACGAUAGCGAGUACGCGAGCAUGGACGAGGCCGAAUGCAAGGAGCUGAUGCGACCAUGCAAGAAACAGCUCAAGCGACUGAGGGACGGAACGGACCACCUGGAGCGCGACCAGAAGGUGUCGGUGCUGAAAGAGUGCCUUUCCGCCAUCGGUGGACACAUCGACCAUCUGCUGGACACCAAGUUUGCCAGCUUGACGUCGAAGGAAAAGGAUCGAUGGUUCCACCACCUGUGGGCGUUCAGUGCGUUCUUCUGGCCCAAGAAGGUCAAGCCCUCGAAGUUGCGAGCCAUCUUUAACAAGCUGGUGAUGAACGGACCCGCAAGCUCGACACCAGCAGCAUCAACGCCAACGAUUGCUGCAGCGGCCAACAACGGCGAGUCGGGAUCGCCGCCAGCAACAGCACCAGCAGCCGCAUCAGCAGCAACACCAUCGGGAUCGGCUGGACGCGUCAAGUCGGAGUCUGUCGCGGCCGAAGGAGGGGGCGAGAAUGGGGCCAGCCACACACCUAGCGCGGCAGCGAGCACGCCUUCGAGCGAAUUCAAGCGGAAGGCCAACCCGCUGCAGGACGCACCAAUCCCAAAGAAGCCACGCACGUCGAUGGAGCCGUCUUUGAGCGGUGGAGGCGGGCGCGGAGGCUACGGAAAUGGUUACGGUGCUUCGCCGGGUGGUGGAGCCAACCCGCCGUAUCCACCUCCUUACUAUCCAGCGUCAUCGGCAAGCCACGGCUACGGCCAUGGACACGGAUACCAUGGCGGUGCGCCUCUGCCGCCGCCACCGCCUGCUUCGCAUCACUAUGGAGGCGGACGCGAGCCGUACCCACCCGCCUAUCCGGAUCGACGUGAUUCGCCGUAUCGAGAGGGACGCGAGCGCGACUACCGAGACGGAAGGUACUCUCACCCACCUCCACCGCCACCUCCCGCCGGAGGAUCUGGCUAUGGAGGCUAUCAGAACUACCAGCCGCCUCCGCCUCCUCCGCCUCAGCAUGGAUACGAUUACCGCCGUUGA